AUGGCCGACGUGCUGGAGAGCGGCGGGUCGGGAGCUGUUGGAGCGGCCAGCGUGGAUUGGCAGAAACGCUGCAUUGCUCUGGAGAUGCAGCUGCUGAGGUUCCGGCUCCAGGCAGGGAAAAUCCGAGAGCUGCUGGCAGAGAAGAUGCAGGAGCUGGAGCAGAGGGUGACGGAGGCCGACCAGCGAGCUGAGAGCGCAGAGAAACAGAUCCAUGUCAUGGAAGAAAAGCUGAAGUCUGCAAAUAUACAAACCAGCGAAUCCGAGAGCUCGUUGUACCGAAAGUAUCAAGACCUGACCAAUCAGGUUCAAGAAAAAGAUGCUGCGAUAAAGAGAUUAGAGAUGCAGCUGGAAAAACAGAUCUUAGUCAGAGCCCAGGAGGCAAAAAUAAUUGAGGAAAAGGCUGCCAAGAUUAAAGACUGGGUCACCUUUAAGCUCAGAGAGAUGGAGCAAGAGAACCAGCAGCUGAAAAUGGCCAACUUGAAGCAGACAGAACAAAUAAUGUUGCUGCAGGACAAACUUCAAUCACUCUUAGAGAAACCUACAUCCUCAGGAUCCCCUGCCACCUCCCCUGUAAUGGAUACCCACCUGGUGCCCAACAGCCCUCUGUUUCCUCCCAGCUGCCCCGGCACGCCACCCGCCCAAGACGACAGCUGGAGACAGACAGGUCCUCGUGGAGCCGCCUCUAAUAUCAAGAUCUCGCCAACAGAUGUGAAAAGGUCUCCUGAACAGGUCAGUAUAGGGAUUUGCCUCGGAGACCUCGCUGCCCACGAUGCUCUCUCUCAGGGUCGGAGCAGGGAGGGUCCCAGCAGCCCCGUUUCCCUCAGUAGACCAGAACUCCCAGUGGGCCCAGAGAGUCAGGCGGGGUGCUCGGACAGAGACAACUCCUCUGAUGAGCUCAACAGCAAGUUCCGCUCUCAAUGCCUUCACUCGUCCUCAUCGUCUUCAUCUUCCUCCUCUGCUUACGAGAUGGCCCACGGACCAAGCUCCCCGGAGUCGUCCAUCGGAAUAACACCCAAAAGCCCGCUUCUGUCGCGCUCCCCUUCCACCAACAACCCCUUUCCCAACCCCCCCCAGCCCCUGGUUCACCAGUCUGGCACCAGCAUGACGUUACCCAAAGUACGAACUCCGCUCACCCCCAGAGACAGCAUCCAGCUGGUGAAGAAGCACUACAGCCAGCCGCAGCCCAGCCUGGACAGACUGCACCACCUCAACGUUAACAUAGACAUCAUGACCCCAUCCUCCACCUCCUCCACUCUUAAGAGCACCGGCACCGCCACCUCGCCCUUCUCUCAGGUCGUGGAAGAAACAGACAUUGAUGAUGGGCUUCCUGACAGCAUGGACGGGGUGGUGGAGGGGUCAGAAUCAGAGGAGUCAUCCCGGGAUGGAGUCUCCUUUGUGGGGCUUGCGGAAGAGCUGGACCGGUUGGAUCCUGAAAUUCUCAAGCCGCCAACGCCUCCUUUACACCGCUUCCCUUCAUGGGAGAGUCGUAUCUACGCUGUGGCUAAGUCAGGAAUGAGAGUAUCAGAGGCCAGUCCUGGAGCCAGGGGCCCCGGACGAGGGUCCAACUUACCCCAGUAUCCAGCGGCAGGUCCGUUCACCCAGUUGAUCUAUAAGAAUAUUAAUGUGCCAGUCUACACCACACUGAAAGGGAAAGCCACUCAGAUCAGCAGUGUACCUCUACCUGAUGAUGACUCUGGGUCAGAGGAUGACAGCAGCUCUCUGGCCAGUUUACGGACCUCCAUCCUGAGCCCGGACAGGAAGGGCAGCGUCCCCGGGAGCCCACGUGCCGUCAAGAGAGGUGUGUCCAUGUCCUCCAUAAGCUCCGAGAGUGACUAUGCCAUUCCUCCCGAUGCCUACUCCCUGGACAGUGAUUACUCGGAACCAGAGCAUAAACUCCAGCGGACCUCCUCCUACUCCUGUGAAAGCACUGGGCCUGAGAUGCUGGAGAAGUCUGGGUACCUGCUGAAGAUGGGCAGUCAGGUGAAAGCCUGGAAACGUCGCUGGUUCAUCCUGAGGAAUGGAGAGAUCCUCUACUACAAAUCUCCUAGUGAUGUGAUCAGGAAACCUCAGGGUCAGAUUGAGCUCAACUCGUCAUGCCGUAUAGUGCGUGGAGAAGGUGCACAGACCUUUCAAUUGAUUACAGAGAAGAAGACCUUCUACCUGACCGCCGAUUCACCCAACAUCCUGGAGGAGUGGAUCAGGGUCCUGCAGAACAUACUCAAAGUCCAGGCCAGCAGCCCAGUUACCGUGGAGACCACUGCCAAGCCCACCGUGAGAGGUUGGCUUACCAAGGUCAAACAUGGACACUCGAAGCUGGUGUGGUGCACUUUGGUUGGAAAAGUCUUCUACUACUAUCGCAACCAGGAAGACAAGCUGCCUCUGGGUCAGCUGCAGAUGCGGGAGGCGUCGGUACAGGAGGUGGAUCGCUCCUGUGAUUCAGAUGAGGACUACGAAGCAGGUAGUCGAGGUUUCCUCUCCUCCCACUGCACCUUAGUGGUACAGCCCAGAGACCAGAGCCCUACGUACCUGCUCAUUGGCACCAAGCAGGAGAAGGACACAUGGCUGUAUCACCUGACUGUAGCAGCCGGCAGCAGUGCAACCUUCAAGGUGGGCACAGACUACGAGCAGCUGAUUGGUCAACUCCUCGAUGCAGAGGGAGACCCAGAAUCUGCCUUGUGGAGGAGCGAGGCCUUGAGCUUUUGUAAGGAGGGUCUGCGCUCGCCUCUCACCACUCUGCCCUCUGAAGCUCUGCAGACAGAAGCUCUCAAGCUUUUCAAGUCCUGUCAGCUCUUCAUCAACGUGCUGGUCGAGUCUCCAUCUGUCGACUACCACACAUCGCUGGCCCAGAAUGCUUUGCAAGUGUGCCUGACCCACCCGGAGCUGCAGAAUGAAAUGUACUGUCAGCUCAUCAAGCAGACCAACCACCGGACGCCGCACAACUACUCCCUCACGCAGUGCUGGCAGCUGUUGUCUCUGUGCGUGGCUCUGUUCCUUCCUCAACAACAUUUCCUCUGGUACCUGAGACAGUACCUGCAACGCAACGCUGACCCAAGGAGUGAGGUAGGGAAGUACGCGGUGUACUGUCAGAGGUCUGUGGAGCGGACGCUGCAGAACGGAGAGCGGGAGGCCAAACCUUCACGUAUGGAGAUCGUCUCCAUCCUGCUGAGGAACCCAUACCACCAUUCACUGCCAUUCAGCAUCCCAGUCCACUUCAUGAACAACACCUAUCAGGUGGUGGGGUUUGAUGGCUCCACUACGGUUGAAGAGUUCCUCAACACACUGAACCAGAGGAUUGGCAUGAGGAAGCCUCAGCUGUCUGGGUUUGCCCUCUUCACCGAUGAUCCGUCUGGCAAGGACCUGGAGCACUGCCUGCAGCCGUUUGCCAAGAUCUGUGAUGUCAUUUCCAAGUGGGAACAGGCGCUAAAGGAGCUGCACCCUGGGAAAAACGAGGGGACACGGAUUGUUCGACUGACAUACAAGAGCAGACUGUGUUUCAGAUCUCAGGUGAAAGGAGAGACAGAGAGAGAGCGCCUCCUGCUGGCGUACCAGGUGAAUGAUGAAGUUCAGCAAGGCCACUUCCCCGUGAACAAAGAGCUGGCUCUUGAGGUGGCUGCCCUCAUGGCACAGGUUGAACAUGGUGACUUGGAGCGACCAGCUGCCUCCUCUCCCACCGGCUCUCCUCAGCCUAAAUCUCAGCUGAUUCUCCUGCAGGCCUUGGAGCGCUUCUACCCCAAACGCUACAAACAGGACUGCAGCUCAGAGCAGCUCAGAGACCUUACUGAGCGUCUGGCCACUAAGUGGUCUAUGCUACGUGGGUGCAGUGCAUCCGAGUGUGUGAGAAUAUACCUAACUGUGGCUCGGAAAUGGCCCCUGUUCGGAGCCAAACUCUUCAGUGCCAAGCCUGUCCCCCCCUCUCCUGUUGAGCAGAGCCAGGUGUGGCUGGCGGUCAAUGAGGAUGGACUGUGUGUGCUGGACUAUUCAAUGCACACGCUGGUCACAUACUCCUAUCAGUCUGUGAUUACCUUUGGUGGCUGCCGUGACGAUUUCAUGGUGGUCACGAGCCAGCAGAGGGAGCCCGGGGUCGGGAAGAAGAGCGUGGAGAAGCUGGUCUUUGCGAUGGCAAAACCAAAGAUACUGGAGCUGACUCUGCUCAUGGCCAGCUACAUUAACCACUGGAACCCCAGCCUCCCGUCUGCCUCUCCCCAGCCCCUCGGCCACUGGGACGUAGACAGCAGGCACUUCCCCGCCAUGAACUACACCACCAAGGGCCCCACACUACUGUGAAUUCUGCAAGCGACAAGAACAACACAGACUGUCUGACUACAGGGAGGCUUGGUGACAGGUUACCUGUAGUCCGCAUUCGCCUGAAGUGCGUCGGGUUGCAGGUCCGG